AUGCCGCCGCAGCAACCGCUGCCGCUGUCGCUGUUUGAUGGCACGACACCGGGGCUCUCGGCGGUGCCCGGCGGCAUGGCUCCUUUGAUACCGGAUCUGUCGCUGUACCCCGGUGUAGGCCAGACGCAGUACCCUGAUCCGUUCAACCUGGCGUAUCCGCCUGAUCCUUACUAUCCCUUUACGCAACAGCCGCAGUAUCGUACUGGGUAUGCGUCUGUGCCGGUCGAGCAGCACGAUGGAGCAGGGCAGGUUGGCAGUGUACCGGAAUCCGGGCCUCGACGGCGGACGCGCGAGAGCGAGGACGUGGCUGUGCAGGCGGCGCAGAAGCAGAAGCGGUCGCAAUGGGAAACGGAUUCCGAAGAUGAUGCGCGGAUUCGGAAGCGGUAUCGAGGGACUCGGGCUGCCGACUUGAGCGCAUCACCUGCCCCUUCUCGACAGCACUCGCUGACGUCCGAUGACGGGUCUGUGAGCAAGCCCGUUCGAACCACUGUUGUGAAGCCCGGCCAAAAGCCCAGGAAGUGCGAAGACAAGCCCUGGGUUCGCAUCAACAACACCACUAAAGGCGAGACGACGCGCACAGCUCGCAUCAACCAGCAAGCAGAAGAAGGACGCAAGUACCGGGUCAAGGAUCUGCCCUUUGGGGACUGGGAAUCAAGGCACUAUGCGUUUGACUAUAGCCACAAUAACGACAUGCACGAGUUCAGGAAGCGCACCAUGUCUGCGCGCCAGAUUCAUGAGUACAUCACGCAGUAUCCUGGCGAUAAUCUGCGUAUCUGGAUCCAGCCCGUAGCCUCUGAUUCCGCGCGGCGCUACGCCUCGGCCUCGCACAGCCACUGCCGGUUUGAAAAGUGCCCGAUGCGCAAGUACACGGGCAAGGGCACGGCAGAAGUGGGAAACUACCGCGUGGCCUUUGACGAAAAGCACAAGAUAUACGGCGCCGGCGUCGUGGAUCCGUACGAUUGUGUCGGGUAUGCCCAUCUCUACUGCAUGGAGCGGUUCCUCGACUUUGCGUACAUUUGCCAGAUAGCCGAUGUGCGGGUUGACCAGCGGGUGAGCAUGGAAAAGGAACCCAAGGGGCACUUUGCGUCUGCGUUUGGGUCCAAGCAUCAUCACGAGGCGGCGCUGGCGAAGAAGUUCAUUGAUGCGGCGAGAAAGGGGCGGCUGCGCGAGACGCACGAGUUCGCCGAGUAUCCCGUUCACGACGAGUAUGCACGAGGGGCCCCGAAACCGCAUGAGCGCACGCUGAUAUACGCACUAUACGGAAUGAACAUUAAACAUCGGGCCAAGUCGCAGAUGAAGCAGUUUAUCCUGCAGCGCAAGAUCCGGCCGGGCUCGUUCCCCGUGCACAGAGGCGAUAUGGAAGUGAAGCUGGUGGACAAGAAGAUUGAGCGGUUACCGGCGUUUAAAGAGUUCAUGAAGGAGGGAUCGAAGAAGGACUUUGAUUAUGCGGCAUACUAUGACGAGUUUCAUCCGGAGAUCAAGCAGCGGAUUGCAGAGUGCGUGGUUCUGAGGGAGCAGUUCAUUGCCGAAGAUGAGAUGGGCGUGACGCCUAAGCGUCCGCGAGCACGUCGACGCCAGUCUCUUGACGACUCGGGAGAGAGGGUUACAACUCGCAAGCAAAAGAAGAAGAAGAAGUAUAUACUCGUGGAUAGCGACUCCUCUGAAGACGAGGCUCCUGCGCACAAACACCGAUCAAAAAAGGGAAGGGUAGUUUCCCAAGACGAUUCCGACGACGAUGAGUUCGAAGAAAUUGGCAGCCAGGCUCUUUCAAUGCCGCAAUCUCGCGCUUCUCGUCGUAGUCUCCGCCAGAAACCGCGAAUAGACUACACGGAGCCCCAAGACGUGCUGUGGGAUAUCAGCGAGGAGGCACCUCAGACAAGCGAUGCACCAGGAUAUCAACCCGCAGCUCGCUAUGCCGACGCACGCACAGCCAGCUGCAGCCAUCUCUUUCCCGAAAACAACGACAAGGCAUGGGACAAGGUUGAUCUGAGCAGCGUGGCGGAAGACAGCGCGGCACCGUCUUUGACUCCAGCGGAAAUCGAUGCACUUGUCACUGCAGCGCACCGGCGCAAGUCGAGUACGCUGAGUAACGGGCCGUGGGUGUCGGCCUGUAGGUCGCCACGGUCCAGACGUGCUUCUGUGCGCAGAGCGAGUUUCAACGUGCAGCCUGUGUCUUCGAGCAAGGAAUUCAGGUUGAACGACCCACCGUCGCGUGUUGCUGGCGGGCGGGAUGGGAAUGUGUAGGCGUAGGGGGGUCUUGUGAUUUAU